AUGGCGACCUACAUGCAGCUGAGCACCACAGCCAAGAUGCCCCUCGUGGGGCUGGGCACCUGGAAGUCCUCAGCUGGGAAAGUAACAGCUGCAGUGAUGGCUGCCAUCGAUGCUGGGUACCGUCACUUUGAUUGUGCCUACGUGUACCAGAAUGAGAGUGAAGUUGGGGAAGGGAUCCAGCAGAAAAUCAAGGAAGGCGUUGUGAAACGAGAAGACCUCUUCAUCGUCAGUAAGCUGUGGUGCACGUUUCAUGACAAGCCUCUGGUGAAGGGAGCCUGCCAGAAGACUCUUGCUGACCUGAAACUGGAUUACCUGGAUCUCUACCUCAUGCACUGGCCUCUUGGGUUCAAGCCAGGAGACGAGCUCUUUCCCAAAGAUGACAAAGGCAUGUCUAUACCUAGCAACACUGAUAUUCUACAGACGUGGGAGGCCAUGGAAGUGCUGGUGGAUGCUGGUCUGGUAAAAGCCAUUGGUAUCUCCAACUUUAACUGUGAGCAGAUUGAAAGAAUCCUGAACAAACCAGGGCUGAAGUACAAGCCUGCAAAUAACCAGAUCGAAUGUCAUCCAUACCUCACCCAGGAGAAGCUGAUCAAGUACUGUCAAUCCAAAGGGAUUGCUGUGACAGCAUACUGUCCCCUUGGCUCUCCUGACAGACCAUGGGCUAAGCCAGGGGAUCCCUCCCUUCUGGAUGACCCCAAAAUCAAAGAGAUUGCAGCCAAGCACAACAAAACCCCAGCACAGGUUCUCCUUCGCUUCCAGAUCCAGAGAAAUGUGAUUGCGAUUCCCAAGUCUGUCACACCACAGCACAUUGUGGAGAACCUCAAGGUGUUUGACUUUGAAUUGACUGAAGAAGAGAUGGCAACCCUUCUCAGCUUUAAUAGAAACUGGAGGAUCUGUGCAAUGAGCAUUUCCAAAACUCACAAGGAGUACCCUUUCCACGCAGAAUACUGA